AUGACGCUUGCAGAAGAAUUCAGGUCGCGGAACUUCAGCAUUUACGGUCAAUGGCUUGGAGUAGUCUGCAUUCUUCUGGGGUUCGCCCUGGGCAUCGCCAACAUCUUCCACUUUAACCUGCUCAUUCUAUUCAGCAUUCUACUUAUUUGCUCCGCCCUGAUCCUGGUAUUCAUCGAAAUCCCCCUCCUUCUGCGAAUCUGUCCGACUUCGGCCAAAUUCGAUGCCUUCAUCCGUCGAUUCACUACAAACUAUAUGCGUGCCGCCAUCUAUGGUGUCAUGUCCCUGGUCCAGUGGCUCAGCAUCAUAGUCGAUAGCAGCAGCUUGAUCGCCGCGGCCGUGGUGCUGGCUCUUGCAGGAGCAUGCUACGCACUAGCAGGGCUGAAACAGCAGGAGUUCGUGGGGAGUAAGACGCUUGGAGGACAGGGAGUCGCGCAGAUGAUCGUGUAG